UCAAUCAAAAUGAAAGACCUACGGUCAUACUUGAGAGACCAGGUCUACUCUAUAAUCUCCAACAUUAAGUCUUUUUUUUGUGUUCACUUUGGGGUAUACUUUUCCAGUUAAAAGGUAGCCAGGCUCUUCACUAUAGCUCUAUUGUUUUGCUUUGGCAGUCUUUUUGGUGAGAGGUUCAUGCAUUUAACGGCACUUGAGGGCCUAAAUUGGUAGUGUAACCAAGCAACCGGAGCAGAAACAGGGGCACAGGAGUGGCUACACAGGAGACGGACUGUAGCCAGGCUAGCGGCAGACUACUCUGGGGCAGUCCAGGAUGAGAGCGCUGUCAUCAUAACACUGCAGCCUCCAGACCUCCUCACUGUAAUGGCUACCAGUAUAGUGGAUGACACGAGCGUGUCUGGAGUCCUGCUGCUGCUGCUCUGUCUCCUGCUCAUCACGGCCUGGUGCCUCACUAACGCCUCACACAUACCAGGUCCUUUCUUCUGGGCUGGUCUGGGUCCAAUCCUGUCCUACUCUCGGUUCAUCUGGAGCGGGAUAGGAACAGCCUGUAACUACUACAACAAGAGAUAUGGGAGUAUGGUUCGGGUCUGGAUCAACGGAGAAGAGACUCUCAUUCUUAGCAAGUCCUCUGCUGUCUACCAUGUCCUGAAGAGUGCCCACUACACAGCCCGGUUCGCCAGUAAACGAGGACUGCAGUGUAUCGGGAUGGACGGGAGAGGUAUCAUCUUCAACAGUGACAUCCCACUCUGGAAAAAAAUGAGGACAUAUUUUGCGAAAGCUCUGACAGGGCCUGGUCUGCAGCGGACAGUAGGGAUCUGUGUGAGUGCAACAGACAGGCACCUGGAGCGUCUGCAGGAGAUGACUGACCCCUCUGGACACGUAGAUGUUCUCAACCUGCUGAGAUGCAUCGUAGUGGACAUUUCUAACAAACUGUUCCUCAGGGUGCCUCUCAAUGAGAAAGAGCUGCUAUUGAAGAUUCAACACUACUUUGACACCUGGCAAACGGUUCUGAUCAAGCCUGAUAUCUUCUUCAAAUGUGGAUGGAUGUACAAGAGGCAUCAACAAGCAGCCAAGGAGCUACAGGACGUCAUGGAAAGCCUUAUCGAAACCAAAAGAAGAAUUAUCAGUGAAGCUGAAAAACUGGAUGAUGAUAUUGACUUCACCUCAGAACUCAUCUUCGCCCAGAACCAUGGAGAGCUGUCGGCGGACGACGUGAGACAGUGUGUGUUGGAGAUGGUGAUAGCAGCCCCAGACACUCUGUCCAUCAGUCUGUUCUUCAUGCUCAUGCUGCUGAAGCAGAACCCUGAGGUGGAGAUGAGGAUUGUAGAGGAGAUCAGCACUCUCAUAGGAGAGAAGGAUGUAAUGACAGUUGACUUCCAGAACUUCAGAGUGCUGGAGAGCUUUAUCAAUGAGUCCAUGAGGUUCCAUCCUGUGGUAGACUUCACCAUGAGGAAGGCGCUGGAAGAUGACGUCAUCGAUGGGACCAAGGUUUCCAAGGGAACCAACAUCAUCCUCAACAUAGGGCUCAUGCACAAAACUGAGUUCUUCCCCAAACCCAACGAAUUCAGCUUGGAAAACUUUGAUAAAACUGUGCCCAGUCGUUUCUUCCAGCCGUUCGGCUGUGGCCCCCGCUCCUGUGUGGGUAAACACAUUGCCAUGAUGAUGAUGAAGGCUGUCCUGGUGACGCUAUUGUCGCGGUACACGGUGUGUCCUCGUCAUGGCAACACACUGAGCAGCAUCAGGCAGACAAACAACCUGUCACAGCAACCCGUGGAGGAUGAACACAGUCUGGCAAUGAGGUUCAUACCAAGACAGCUGACCAUAACCUAACCACAACCACUACUGACCACCACCACUACUGACCACAACCACUACUGACCACCACCACCACUACUGAUCACCACCACCACUACUGACCACAACCACCACUACUGACCACAGCCACUACUGACCACGACAACCAAUAUAACCUGUCCUGUCACAGCAACCUGUUGAGAAUGAACAUGAACACAGCCUUACCAUGAGGGUCAUACCCAGAAUGACACAAGCAGCCUCCACUGACCACAACCAGCCACCACUGACCACAACCAGCCUCCACUGACCACAACCAGGCACCACUGACCACAACCAGCCACCACUGACCACAACCAGCCACCACUGACCACAACCAGGCACCACUGACCACAACCAGCCACCACUGACCACAACCAGCCUCCACUGACCACAACCAGUCACCACUACAACCAGCCACCACUGACCACAACCAGCCUCCACUGACCACAACCAGGCACCACUGACCACAACCAGCCACCACUGACCACAACCAGGCACCACUGACCACAACCAGCCACCACUGACCACAACCAGCCACCACUGACCACGACCGGUCACCACUAACCACAACCAGCCACCAGCCACCACUGACCACAACCAGCCUCCACUGACCACAACCAGCCGCCACUGGCCACAACCGGCCAGUUACCACUGACCACAACCAGCCUCCACGGACCUAGAACCAGCCUCCACGGACCUAGAACCAGCCUCCACUGACCACAACCAGCCUCCACUUACCACAACCAGCCUCCACUUACCACAACCAGCCUCCACUGACCACAACCAGCCUCCACUGACCACAACCAGCCUCCACUGACCACAACCAGCCUCCACUGACCACAACCAGCCUCCACUGACCACAACCAGUCUCCACUGACCACAACCAGUCACCAGCAACCACUGACCACAACCACAACCAGCCACCACUGACCACAACCAGCCACCAGUCUCUACUGACCACAACCAGCCUCCACUGACCACAACCAGUCAUCAGCCACCACUGACCACAAUCAGCCUCCACUGACCACAACCAGCCUCCACUGACCACAACCAGCCUCCACUGACCACAACCAGCCGCCACUGACCACAACCGGCCAGUUACCACUGACCACAACCAGCCUCCACUGACCUAGAACCAGCCUCCACUGACCACAACCAGCCUCCACUGACAACAACCAGCCACUACUGACCAGAACCAGUCACCACUGACCACAACCAAUCACCACUGACCACAACCAGCCUCCACUGACCACAACCGGUCACCAGCCUCCACUGACCACAACUAGCCACCACUGACCACAACCAGCCACCACUGAC